CUUAUUCAUUAAGCAUUUUACUGUAAAGUUUAAACAAAAAACAAACGCAAAACAGUCCGUUGACUAGCGUUGGUAGGGUUGCCAACUAUCCGGGUUUCGACCAGAAAGUCCGGUUUUUAAACUUGCUGUCUCGUUUUCUAGUAAACUGAAAACCGGACACGCAUUGUCCGUUAACACUCCGUGCCCACGUCGCCAAAGCGACCACCGGCUCUGUGCAAGUUUAUGACAGACUGCUGUGCCUUUAAUUAUCAAUUGCUGUUGCUAAAACAACAAACGAGCUGGACACGCUGAUGUCACCACGAUGAGCAGCUUUUGAUAGGGUUCCUGUGGAGGCUAUAGUCAUGAUUCUGGAGUAUUUGCUUUCUAAAGUCUCGGCGCCGCUGUGGCGACGAGCAGAGGAGGAGGAGGAGGAGCAGCAGCGAGGCGAGGGUGCUGGUGAAACGCUGCACAUUCGGGCUGGCACAGUGACCCGGUUCUGCCAGGACUACGGGCUGAUCGACGAUCUGAUCUGCUUCACCACAGAGGUGGUGCUAGGAGGAGCUCCACUGAGCACAGGGCACACAGUCAGCGCCAUCGCCGUGAGGGACAGGGAGGCAGCGGGGUGGAGAGCUGUACGGGUGCAGCGUCUCAUGGAUGCAUGGGAGGAGGAUGGGGGGGUUUCUAUCAACUCGGAGUCUAAUCAGCUGAAGCCCCUAAUUGGCACAGUGACAUCAUGUGAUAGCGAUGGGGGGUUCAUCACCCAGACCACCUACUUCCCCCGCUCAGCUGUCUGCGAAGGGUUCGAGCCAGUGAAGGGGGACUGGGUCCAGGCACAGUACUUCAUCAGCCCCACGCAGUGGUCCAGCCAGGCCCGGUCUGUGGCGCCGCUGCGGUACCGGAGAAUUGACAAGGUCCGAGUGUCCAGUCUGUACGGCCGCAGUGGAGUGCUGGGAGACUCUGUAUUCUUCACACUGGACUCUCUUCGUGUCCCGGGGGGAUACUGCCCCUCCCCUGGGGACCUGGUCAAUGUGGUGGUGGUGGAGAGCUCUCAGUCCUGCUACUGCUGGAGAGCUCUGUGCAUGGCACCCGUCCACCGGAGCAGCGUGUGCGCUCCGGAGGAGGAACCCCCCCUGGAGUCGGAGCACCAGGUCCUGCUGAGGAACAAGGGCGGCCUGGAGGUGAGCAGGAUGACCAGCUUCGGGAGCCUCCUCCUGGGCCAGGACAAGGACCUGCUGGUGUGGAUCGAGAACAAAGGGGCGAAGGCGCAGACCCUGCUGAGCUGUGGGUUCGCAGGCUGGGACCAAGAGAGACAGUUCAAACUGCACUUCCCUAAGGAAGAGGAAGAGCCAGAGCUGCUGCCCUCCCCUCCUCUGGAUCCAGCACUCCCAGUACAGGGGCCCUGCUCCCCAGUCUGUCCCAGCUUGAUGGCCCCAUCCCAGUCUGUGUUUGGGGUCUACCGGGCCUUCCCUAUGACUUUCAUGGCCUGUGUGCAGAGCCCCCACCUGGGGAAGGGCAUGCUGUCCCUCUACCCCCUGGGUGGGUACUGCCUGUACCCCGCUCCCCUGCUGCUGCUGAGGCCCAGCUUGGGCUUCGCAGGAGGGGGAGGGAAGUGGGGUGCAGCCUGCACUGCAGGGGAGGCGUCUGAGAGCAAUGGGGUGCAGAGAGAGGCAGGGGAGUGUGGUACAGCUCCUGAAGUGGCAUUGGGGUUCAACAGUGCUGGGGUUCAGGGAGGAGAAGCCUGGACGGGAGAUGGGGAGUGGGGUACAGUGUCGGGAGGAACAGCAGCUCCUGAAGCACAGCAGAGCAGAGGAGUGAAGGAGCUGGUGAGCUUGGGUUCAAGAGAGAUCGAGAUCAAGCCAGGGGAGAAGAUUGCCAUCACCAUCCGCUGUGAAGCAAAGAACCUGGGCCGAUGUCGGGAGCUCCUGCUGCUGCACUUCACGAGCUUCUCUAUCGGGCGGCUUCUGGUUGUGAGAGUGCAGAGUGAAGAGGAGAGCCUCAUUCUGGCCAGCUCUCCAUACGUACCAGCCAAUCAGCUCCCAACGCAGCCAACGAGGCCACAAGCCAAGGAAGGCAUCACUGUGCUCCCCGCCCGCCUGCCUCCCAGGUUUUCUAAGAGGCACCUCCCUAAUUUCCUGGGCCAGUACCCGAUCCCACAGAAGCUCAGGGAGUGCUUUGAGCUGAAGAAUGACGUGCUGGUUGCUGAGCCAGAGCUUGCAGAGCCCCUCAGCAGGUCAGUCUUCAGGUCUCGCUUCUCAGCCCUGCUGUGGCUGGAGGAGCUGCAUGCAGAGAGCGAGGCGAAGGAGUUCAGCCUCAGCGGAGCCUUCCUGAGGAGGAGUGCCAGCUACCUGCAGCUGGAGGUGCCCGGUGUGUCCGAGGGCAGACCCAGCGCCAGCAUCGGAGAUAAAGUGAUCCUGAGGAAGCCAACAGAAAACGGUGUUGGGGUGGAGUAUGUAGCCUACAUCACUGAGAUUAACGAUGAGGAACUGAGUCUGAGAGUCAACUGUGAGUUUCACCACAACUACCUGGGGGAGCCCCUCGAUGUGGAGUUCACCUUCAACAGACUGACCAUGCGGAGAUGCCACGCUGCCCUGGAUCAGGCAGAGCACCUGAGAGACACAGUCCUGUUUCCCGAGAGUGUCGUGGUUCAGACACCCCAGCUGAGCCUAGCCUGGGAAGAGGAGAGCAAGGGAGACUCUCAGGAGGCAAAGGGAAUGUCACAGAAUGAUGGCCAGACCACAGAGACACUGUGUGUGGACAUGGUGUCUGUGGCAACACAGACUCGGCUAGGUGGAUCCCCUCAUGAGUCGGGCCCUGGGGAGCAGGGGGACCAGUUCUUUAACCCCUCACUGAACCCCCACCAGAGAGACGCAGUGAAGCGCAUUCUGGCUGGAGAGUGCCGGCCCACCCCCUACAUCCUCUUUGGACCCCCAGGGACCGGCAAGACUGUCACCCUCAUCGAGGCGAUACUGCAGAUCCAUCACAAGCUGUGUGACAGUCGUGUGCUGGUGUGCACCCCCUCGAACAGCGCUGCGGACCUGCUGUGCACCCGUCUGCACCAGAGCGGACACCUGCACUCCGGAAACCUGGUCCGUGUCAAUGCCAUCUGCAGGUCGGAGGAGAGCAUCCCUGAGAUGUUGAAGCCGUACAGCCGCGCCGGGGAGGACGUUCGUCAGGCCGCCUAUCACCGCGUGGUCAUCAGCACCUGCAGCAGCGCUGGCAUGUUCUACCAGCUCAGGAUCAGGAUCGGGCACUUCACCCACGUGUUCAUCGAUGAGGCCGGCCAGGCCAGCGAGCCAGAGAUUCUCAUUCCACUGGCACUUGUCUCUGAGGACGAUGGACAGAUAGUCCUGGCCGGAGACCCGAUGCAGCUCGGUCCGGUGGUGAAGUCGAAGCUGGCUUCAGCGUUUGGACUGGGCCGGUCCCUCCUGGAGAGGCUGAUGAGCCUCCCCCUGUACUCCCGGGAUGAGAAGAGCUACGGCCCCCAUGGCGCCUACAACCCCCUGCUGGUGACGAAGCUGGUGAGGAAUUACCGCUCCCACGAAUCCCUGCUGGAGCUGCCAUCGCGACUCUUCUACCAGCGCGAGCUGGAGGUGGGGGCGACCCGGGAGGUGGUGUGUGCGCUGCAGGACUGGAACCGCCUGCCCAGGAAGGGCUUCCCUCUCCUCUUCCACGGAGUGCGGGGUUCGGAGAUGCGGGAGGGCUGUAACCCGUCCUGGUUUAACCCCGUUGAGGCCGUGCAGGUGAUGAUGUACUGCUGUCAGCUGGCAAAGCGUCUCUACAAACCCAUCUCUCCCUCUGACAUCGGAGUCAUCACCCCCUAUAGGAAACAGGUAGGGAAGAUCAGAGUCCUCCUGCAGAGGGUGGGUCUGAUGGACAUCAAGGUCGGCUCUGUGGAGGAGUUUCAGGGGCAGGAGUUCCUGGUCAUCCUCAUCUCCACGGUGCGUUCCAAUGAGGACCGGCUGGAUGAAGACGUGCAGCAUGUUCUGGGUUUCCUCUCGAACCCCAAGCGCUUCAACGUGGCUGUCACGCGCCCCAAAGCCCUGCUGAUCGUGGUGGGAAACCCCCAUGUGCUCAUCAAGGACCCAUGUUUCGGGGCGCUGCUGGAGUACUCCAUUCUCAACGGGGCCUUUCUGGGCUGCGACAUCCCCCCAGAGCUGGCAGCCAGGAGCAAAUGUGGCUCAACGAAGAGGAAUCAGAACCCCACCCCUGCCCCCAGCCACUCUGCUGUGUCUCACGAAGGGCCCGGCUCCUGAUCUGUACGUCACGAAGGGCCUGGCUGCUGAUCUGUGCCUCUGGGAGCUGGGAGGGCCUGUCUAGGAUCCUCGCCUCUGUUUGGAAAUUCGUUCUUUUGUGAGGAUUUUCUGUUUGUUUUAUUCAAUGAGAUAAAUCAUUUAAAUAAAUAGCUUUUUCAUGGUUUUUUUUGUUCAAAUAAAGAAUUCCCAGUAAAUACA